GGCAAACCCAGAAGCAACCACGGAGGCACUGAUAGAAGAGAGCGAGGGAAAACUAAUGGCUUACUCUCUCUGCUCUUCACCUUCCCCUCUCGUCCAUGAACGCCAAUCCGUCUCCUACUCUCUCUAUUCAUCGAGAAAACCCAGUUCAAGAAACUUCAAUCACUCUUCGAAACUCAGUUUUCUUUCGUCUCAAUCCAUACCAUCUCUCCAGAUUAGCCAUGUCUCCGUACAAGACCCAAUUACGCAAGAAACUCGGGACCAAACCGAAAAGCGCGAUGACCCAGAUGGAAAAUCCGGUUCUUCGUCCAAAAGCUAUAUCUGGGUCAAUCCCAGAAGCCCCAGAGCUUCGCAGCUUCGGAGGAAAUCGUAUGAUUCCAGGUACACUACUCUAGUGAAAAUAGCUGAGUCUUUGAACUCGUGUAAUCCGAUUGAGGAUGAAGUUUCGAAAGUUUUGGAGUCUUUAGGCGGUAAAAUAUUAGAACAAGACGCUGUUGUUAUACUUAAUAAUAUGGUGAAUUCUGAUAUUGCUAUUCUUGCACUUAAGUACUAUCUGAAGAACUUUAAACCUAAUAGAGAGGUGAUUCUUUACAACGUAACGUUGAAGGUGUUUAGAAAGUGUAAGAAUUUGGGUGGAGCAGAGAAGCUGUUUGAUGAAAUGCUUGAGAGAGGUGUUAAACCUGAUAAUGUCACGUUUUCGACUAUGAUUAGCUGUGCUAGGGUGUCUUAUCUGCCUGAUAAGGCUGUAGAGUGGUUUGAGAAGAUGGGUACUUUUGGGUGUGAUCCCGAUGAUGUUACGUACUCGGCUAUGAUCGAUGCCUAUGGGCGUGCUGGUAAUGUUGACAUGGCUUUCAACUUGUAUGACCGUGCUAGAACCGAGAAAUGGCGCAUUGAUCCGGUAACAUUCUCGACUUUGAUUAAGAUUCACGGUCAAUCAGGGAACUUUGAUGGGUGUUUGAAUGUCUAUGAGGAGAUGAAGGCUAUAGGGGCUAAGCCAAACUUGGUUACUUAUAACACUUUGUUGGAUGCUAUGGGAAGAGCUAGGAGGCCUUGGCAGGCUAAGAAGGUUUACCAAGAGAUGACUGCCAAUGGGUUUUCCCCAAAUUGGACAACCUAUGCGGCUCUCUUGCGGGCUUUUGGUAGAGCACGGUAUGGUGAUGAUUGUAUUAAUGUGUAUAGGGAGAUGAAGGAGAAAGGGCUGGAGUUGAAUGUGAUUCUCUAUAACACAAUUUUGGCUAUGUGCGCUGACGUUGGCUACACUGAUGAAGCUAUUGAAAUCUUUGCAGAGAUGAAGAGUUCUGGGAUUUUACCUGACAGUUGGACAUUUUCAUCUAUGAUUACUAUAUAUUCCUGUAGUGGGGAUGUAUUGAAAGCGGAGGCCACGUUGAAUGAGAUGUUGGAAGCAGGUUAUGAGCCUAAUAUAUUUGUCUUAACUUCACUUAUUCAGUGUUAUGGGAAAGCCAAGCGCUUUGAUGAUGUUGUGAGGACAUUCAAUCAACUUUUAGAAUUGGGCAUUAGUCCAGAUGAGCGCUUCUGUGGUUGUCUUCUAAAUGUCAUGACACAAUCGCCAAAGGAGGAACUUUUUAAGCUUACGGGCUGCAUCGAAAAGGCCUAUCCGAAGCUCGGAUACGUGGUAAAACUUUUACUGGAGGAGGGUGGUGAAACUGAAAUUUUCAAAAAAGAAGCCUCAGAACUUUUUGAGACUAUUGGAGCUGAUGUAAGGAAAGCUUACUGCAAUUGCUUGAUUGAUCUUUGUGUUAACCUCAAUCUGUCAGAGAAAGCAUCCAAACUACUACACCUGGGACUCGCACAAGAAGUAUACACAGAUUUACAGGCCAGAUCUCCAAGCCAGUGGUCUCUCAAUUUGAAGGGUCUUUCUCUUGGGGCAGCUCUUACUGCAUUACAUGUUUGGAUAGAUGAUUUGUCCAAGGCAUCGGAAUCUGGGGAAGAUUUUCCACCAUUGCUCGGAAUCAAUACUGGACAUGGGAAACACAAGUAUUCAGACAAAGGUUUGGCAGGUGUUUUUGAGUCACACUUGAAGGAGUUAGAUGCCCCGUUCCAUGACGCUCCAGAUAAUGCUGGCUGGUUCUUGACCACAAAGGUUGCGGCCAAGUCAUGGUUGGAAUCUAGAAGUUCAUCCGAAGAAGUAGCUGCUUAGCGCUUUUUCGAUCUUUUAUUUCAUUUUCUGAGAAUUCUCGGCACUCACCUCUUCGGGCUUGGACUGGUACAAGCUGCUUCUCAAAUUAGCAAUUACAUGUUUCUGGCACAUUCUCUUUUGUAGAGAGCAUUUUUGUACUUAAGAACUCAAAUUAAGCUCGUUCUUUGAUGCUUUACAGAGUAAAAAAGUUUUAAGAAUAUAAGAACCUUCUUAAUGGCUA